UGUUCCUUAAAUUCGUCAAAAUUCUCAUUCUACUGUUCUUGUUCUGUGUGUUUCAGUUCAAAUGGAUAACGAAACGACGAAAAUUGUGUACGAAAGAAUCUGCAAAUUGGAGCCUGAAUAUGGGUUGAAGAUCGUCGGCUACGUUAUGCUGAACACCAACGAACAGGACAUGAUCCGAUUGGCGUUCAGCCCGGAUGGUAUAAUUCAAUGUGUUAUUAACACCGCCAAAUCCGACCUCGGAAUCCCCGAAGUUCCAAUUCCAUACGGUCGUGUUUCUUCUUCUCCAUCCUCCCGCCUGUUCCUCCCCCACCAGACGUUCUCCGACUUCGCCCUGCAGAACCAGAUGCAGUGGCUGUCGCUGGACUCGGCAACUCCGGUGAGGCGAAGCCGCCGGAGGGAGUUUCCGGUGAAAGUUUGUCAUUAUUUCAGUAAAGGGUAUUGCAAACAUGGGAAUACUUGCCGAUAUGUUCAUGAUGUUGUGGAGAAGGAGCCGCGUGUUGUGGUGCUUAGUGGGAGAGCGCUGGAUAAACUCGAAAUCGAGAUUGUCGAGCUUCUGAAAUCCCGUGGUGGGCUGCCGAUUUUGAUUGCGGCUUUGCCGAUGGUGUAUCGUGAGCGGUAUGGGCGCAGUCUUCUCGGCGAUGGGUAUCUUUCGAAGACUGGGCUUAGCCUCACGCGGCUGCUUGCUCUGUUGAGCCGCAUUCGUGUUCUUGACGGGCUCCAUGGGAAGAAUUCGAUAAUCUUAGCCGAUGAUUCUCCAAAACGCAAUGAAAUUUCUGAACAGAGUGUUCGACAGAAUUCUUCCACUUUGGGCUGUUCAUCUCAGAAUUUGGCUCAUUCAUCAGCUUUUUAAUUUUGAAAGAACGUGGAAUCUGUUGGUGCAGUGCAGAGUUUUGUUUAUCUACUGAGCAGCCACAUGACUUCCCAGAUUCUUGGACUGACCAUCAUGAUGACAGGUCUGUGAAAUAAAAAAGCCUUAACUCAAAAACUUAUGUUUCUGUAGUUUUUCUGGUUUUGUGUGUUAAAUCAUGCAGCACAGAAGGAUUUAGUGAACCAGAUACCCCAUUUGCAUCUCACGUACAAUGACGACGACUACGAUGAUACACAUAC